AUGGACUCCUACAGUAACUACGGAUGGCACUCGCCACUCGGUCCCGGCGAUCAGUAUCCGUUGCCCGUUUCUCCCUGCAAACGAUGCGGACCCGAUAUCGGGAACGAAGUACCGCAGAAGAAAAUGACGAGGGACUCGAUCGAUAGUAUCACGGGGCCGAUGUCGCUGUACAAACCUCCCGCCAAUGAAAACUUUGAAUAUUGGGAGGAACGGAUUGAGGAACGCAAGGAAAUGCAGAAGAAACUGGUUGAGACUAACAAAAUUCUGGGUUAUAGUGGAGUGUACCACACUAGAUUCCAAGUGCAUAAAGCGCUUAAUGGUAGGUCUGGAAAUAAUAUGUACAUUUGAAUCCACCAACUUUCAGAAGAUGUGGGCGUUUUCACAAGAUGGGAACUGAUUUACGCGGAAGCGAAGAAACUGCCGAUGAGCUAUUCAAGACGAGAUUACCUUCUAGACACGUUCGAUUUGAAUGAGCUCUACAUCACGGAAUGGGACAAACUGAUCCAGAGAUACAUUGAACAGCAGGUCAGACUGCAGGAACUGCGCACUAGACGCGACGUCCCAAUACAAAUCACUGAAGAGGAUCUUAUAAGAGAUGACGUGGUCGACACGGUACAACAAGAGCAGGACGUCCGUUUACUCCAAAUGGCUGCGUAUCAUGCGUGUUGCCACAUGGUGAAGAAGUCAAUUGCCGCUGAGCAGGUAAGCAUGGAGAAGAAUGAAGUUCUCAUCUAGAAGUAUCUUUUCAGGAAGUUGCCAAGCAAAGUUCUUCCGAUUCCGAUCCGAUCUUCAAAGCUCCCUUCCCACCAAAACAAAACAAAAAUUGA